AUGGGAAUUAAAGACCUUUCGAAAGUCAUAGCUGACAAUGCGCCUAAUGCAAUUAAGUUACACGAAAUGAAGAACUACUUCGGGAGAAAGGUGGCUGUUGAUGCUUCAAUGUGUUUGUAUCAAUUUCUUAUAGCCGUUCGCCAAGACGGCUCUCAGUUGCAGUCGGAAAGUGGAGAGGUCACAAGUCAUUUGAUGGGUAUGUUUUACCGCACGAUUCGAAUGAUCGAUAAUGGUGUGAAACCGUGCUACGUGUUCGAUGGGAAACCUCCAGAUAUGAAAAGCGGGGAGUUGGAAAAGCGAAUGGAAAGACGUGCUGAAGCUGAAAAAGGACUUACCGAGGCGAAAGAAAAAGGUGAUACCGUUGCUGCCGACAAAUUUGAGCGACGACUUGUGAAGGUUACUAAGGAGCAAAAUGAAGACGUUAAGCGACUUUUACGUCUAAUGGGAGUUCCUGUUGUUGAAGCACCAUGUGAAGCUGAAGCCCAGUGUGCUGCUCUUGUUAAGGCUAAUAAAGUCUUUGCAACAGCUACCGAGGAUAUGGAUUCUUUAACAUUUGGUUCUAAUAUUUUGCUACGGCAUAUGACAUUCUCUGAGGCGAAGAAGAUGCCGAUCAAGGAGUUCUCCCUUCCUCGUAUCCUGGAAGAUUUCGAUAUGCCAAUGGAGCAGUUUAUUGAUCUUUGCAUUCUUCUGGGAUGUGAUUAUUGCGAGUCGAUACGUGGAAUAGGUCCGAAGAAAGCUUUUGAGCUUAUCAAAACUUAUGGAGAUAUUGAAUCGAUAUUGGAAAAUAUUGAUACAAAAAAAUACGUUCCUCCGGAUAACUGGCCAUACAAACGCGCAAGGGAAUUGUUCCGUAAUCCUGAGGUCGCAAAUUGCGAUGAGAUCAACGUAAGC